AUGAAUGAAAAUCAGUUGAUAUCAACAAGGGAGUAUUACAAGAAAUUAGAUGAUAUAACCGAUUAUGAGUAUGCAGCACUGUCAGAUAGUGAACGUAAACAGAUAUUUGACUUUCAAUUGAAAAUACGUCGUGAAAAACGUCAAAUCCAAUUGGAACAAAAACGUAUACAAGAAGAACAAUUCCGUGAAGAACAAGAAGCUGAAGCAAAACGAUUAGAAAUGGAACGUAACAAAAAACGAGGUAAACGAAUCGAUGAAAAGUCGACAAAACCAAAUGCGCCAAAUCAAAUUUCAUUGAAAGAGAAUCGUGCAUUAUCAGGUCGAAUGAGUUCAAAGUCUGCAAAAGACGUUGGAAAUAAUAAUAAUAGUUUUAAUACAGCCAAAACAGAAUUACUAGAGAAAUCACCGUUGGGAACACUGGAGGAAACUCGUAGAACAUCAAGAUCUCAUGAUAAACACCGUAAAUCUGCUACCAGUUUCAAAGAUGAAGCAAUAACUGAAGAAGAAACUGGAACGCGUAUGACAGAUGAAGAACAAUUAGCCUACCAAGUUUUUAAGUCUUUCGAUGGAGAAUUUCGAAAUAUCUGUGAAUUCCUUAGUACAUGGAAUCGUGUAACAUUACAGCAGCAAUCAUCCUUAUUAGAAGGUCGUGAAGAUAGUCCAACAUCAACUGUUGUCAAUUUGCCUGCCGGUAAACGUGCUAGACAGAGUGGUUUAAAUUUCCCGCCAAAUGCUAGUAGUAUUAAUUUAAACAAAUCAAAACAUUCAAUUAGUAAAGUGGAUUCAAGCAAUAUACAAAGUAUACAAGAAAAUAUGACUGUUCUAUUGCCAAUUUAUUGUGAAUUAAGUCAAUUCAAUGAUUCAACAAAUGAAAUUAAAGUUGAAAAAUACGCAGGCGAUAGUGAUUCCCAAGUAAUUGGUAUACCACAUUUGAUUGUUGAAAUACCAUUCAGAAAAGAAACUAAUAUAACUGAAGAAAUUCGCGGUGAAAUCACUUCAAUACUGAACAAUUCAAAUACAAUUUAUGUACAAAAUUUAAUUGGUAGAACAAUUAAAGAAAGUCUGAUGUCAGCCAAUGAUCAUGUGACACAUCGAAUGUCAGAAGGAGUUGAUGAAGAAGAACAAGAAGGAGCACACAAAAAGCAUCAACAACAGAAAGACAAACUUUUCAAUGAAUUGUAUCAGUUAUUGUAUCCACAUUUACCAGAAUUAAGCGAAAUACUAGACCAUCUUGGUAUUGGACCGAAUGGACCACCGAUACCAAAACCAAAUAACUUUUCAGUUAUUCAUUAUCCAUUGUAUAGAGAAACAAUAACUAGUACAUCCGUUAGCGUUAAUGAGAAUCAUUCAGUCUGUGGUGAUAAAACAGUCAACAACAAAUCAUUGAAAAAGCCAAUGAAAAUCAGUGAUCACAAGACUUGUAUAAUCAAUUUAAAAUAUUUUGAAUUUUUAUAUUCUGGACAAGGUGAUCCUAUGAUGGCAUCAGCACAGUUUGGUGGAUUUUCACAAGUCACUGGUUCAAUUGAAGAAGAAAUGGAAACUGUGGAAUCUUCAGUUAAACAAAAGGAAGUUAUUUUUAUUGAUGAUUGUAGUCGUUAA